CUAGCGUUCAUUUGCGUACUAAUUCUGACUGAGGGCGUUCGUUCGUGUCCUCUGGCCUUGUGAUAUUAUUCUCUGUGGAAUUUUCCUGUCUUGUGCUUCUGUUUCAACUGAAGACGAAGAAGUAUUAGUUUAGUUAUGGCCGACGACCUCAGUAGCGACGAACGAGACGAUAUGGAGUUGGAAGAGGACGAAACCGGCCCGCCAUUGAAAUCCAAAGUUUUGAACGGAGAUCAUGAAAUAGGAGAAACCAAGGUCAGUUCCACAGCUAGAAACACUUCUGUUAGCUCGAGUAGCGGUAAGAGUGGCAGGCACGUGGAAGAAAAUGGCGAAAUUGAAGGAUCAGAGGAAGAAGUCGAGGAAGAAACAGGGGAAUCGGAAGAGGAAAGCUCGAGCGAAGAAGAGUCAUCUUCGGAAGAAUCGUACAGCGACGAUUCGGAGGAAUCUGAGAGGUAACAUGGGAACUUUUGCUGAGAUUUUCUAAUUUAAAUUCGCAUAUUUCUUACUUUCGUGUACAUUUUGUGGAGCACACUUUUCACCCCAAUGUAGGCGGCCAUAAUUUUAAGUUGCUUUUCUUCUGGUUGAAUUAACCGAUAAGGCCACGGUUUAACAUUUAGCAAUGCAGCCGGUAUGCAAUUUUCAGGUUUAUCACCGCUGUGAUCUCUUAGAUCAGUGGUUAAAUUGUCGGUAUUUCUGUGUAGUGGUAGCAAGUGUCAUUUCAUAGCUUCUAAAUCGGCUUAUAACGAGCUUUCCCUUCACAAAAGCAUUUUCUAUCUUUGUUUUCUGACUUAUUAGCGAGCCUCCCUUAGCACAUCAUGCUGAGAUGUUGUUCUCGACCGUACGUUUCAUGUUGGACAUCAAAGCAAAGAAAAUAUUUUGAUUGCAGCUUUUGUUGUUGAAAACUUUUCCUCUGGGCAGAUUAACCAGGACUUACGUAACUGUUAGAAUUUAUUUCGUUUUGUAAAUAGCGAGCUUUCCGUCCUUUUAUUCACAAAUAUUCAAAUGGAAUUUCACGUCACAUGAGGUUGCUGCUAUUUCUUGUCGCUCGUCGAUUCAAAGGUUGCAUUGUUUCACCGACUGAUAGUCAAUUUUUUAUUGUGAUUUUAACACGCUUUCCAAUUCAGAAUACUUGUGAAAAGACGAAGGAUCGAAAGAUUAUGAAUCAUUAAACAAAUUCAUUAAAGAAUCAAAUCCUUACGUCAAAGCUGUCAACUCGACAGCCAAGGUUUGAACUCACGAAGUAGGUGUUAAUCGAAAACUGUGUUAGAAAUGAAAUGUCAAGGCUUCUAAUUGGCUAUUAAAAGCUGACUUCUUUUGUUUUUAUUGUUUAAACAAACUUGUCUUUUAAGAUUCUCGUCAUUGCCGGAGUUUCACAGUGUCCUUUGUGAAUUUUUAAUUUAUUGGAAGUGAAAAUUUUGAUAUCUGAAAUGAAUCCGUUGCAAUCGAAUGAGAAGUGACCUUCAAGAGCCUUUUAAUAGUUUUUAUGUCAUAAAUAUGCAUCUCAGAAUUCAAGUAACACACAGAUGGCUGUCAUCUGAGCCUCUUUUUGGAUGAAAUUGUAAAACAGCUGCCUCUGAGAAGUAGAUUUAAGGGUGUGAUAGCAAAUAUUCCAACAUCACUUGAAUACCAAGUUUUACUAGAGAGCAUAUAGAAAUAUUCACAUUACCCAAAUAAUGUAUUUUUUGCUGCCAAGUAUGACUUUGUGUAACUACUGGUAAACUGUAUCCACACUAGAAACUUUUUCUGGCUACAGUAAUGAUUUUUGUGGUUUGACAUGCAGCAUAUUGAUUGCACCAGACAUGACAUUCUCCACUUUGUGUUGGUCUUCAUCACACAGAUUGUAAGGGUUAACUUCCCACUCCCCUCCCCUGAAAUGUGUGUACCAUGCUCACUUAACCCUUUAACUUCCAGAAGUAAUUAAUAUUAAACUUCUCCCUACAAUAUCAAUACAUUCUUCAACAAACAGGUAAUGAGAAUAUUCAAACUUGUCAGGUAGAAGCUGCUAUGUUGAUCUAGCACCAAGUUCUCAUAACUAACCUACAAGGAAAUGUGUAGCAGCUACAGAGGAGAAUUAACAAUCAGAUCUUGGCAGUUAAAGGAUUAAACUGUGAUCAAUAAACUCCUUUUAAGGAAAAUAAACUCUAACAUCUGUCUGUUGACAUAAAAUGUUGUGAGAAACAUUUAGUUCACGAACAGAGAAGCUUAAGGGAAACUAAGGUAGGAACCUUGAAAGUAAUGUCUCCAGACAGGUUUCCUCAAGGAUAUUUUUUUGUUCCCAGUAUAGGCUACUGUGCUUAUCACUGGAUAUUCCCUCGUUUUAGCUGGGUCAUGUUUAUACACAUGGUAUAUUUACACCAUUUGACGGGCUUGUAAUAUUUUGUAGGAGCUCUCAGUAGUGAUAUCUUUUUCAUGUGAGUACCUCUUUAUCCUCUUUAUUUAUUUAAGGCUCCAGCAAGCAGGGAAGAUAGCUGAAGGUGAGCGCCCUCAGCAUGGUUAUGCUGCAACUAGUAAAUCACUAUUUGAGAGGAAAGCUCAAGAGGCAAGUGAAACAGGAACAGCUAGAAUCAGACCCAUAGAGCAAGAGAGAGACCUAUUUGUGCCUACCAGUUCUCGACGCAGCACAUUUGAGAAAGCAGCUGCAGAUGAAGUAAAAAAGGUGACACCAAAAAUCAAAGUGGAAGACGAGGAGGUUGACCUGUCAGGAAGAGCAAAAUCUCAUAAACAGCUCUUUGAGGAACAGGCCAGGCUAAGCGCCCAGGUGUCUCCAUCUCUUCCGAGGAAAAUAUUUGGUGAGCAAGAAGGAGAAGUGGAUAUUUCUGGGAAGGCAAGAUCAAAGAAAGAGUUGUUUGAAAAAUAUGCAUCAGAGAAUAAAGCAACAUCACCCGGUGCAGAGAGAAGAAUCCUUGGAGAUGUAGACCUUUCAGGGCGAGCAAAAGCUCAUCGCAAUAUUUUCCAACAAAAGAUAGAGGAAGAGUCCCAGGUCAAAGCAUCUCGCAAGUUUCAUUUAGAGGAAGAUGUCUUUUCUGGCAAGGCAUCAUCGCGACGUGCAAUGUUUGAAAAAUUUGGGUCAUCAAAUGAUGGAAGUCAAAGGGGUUCUAAACGGGUGGAAGAUGAGGAGAUUGACUUGAGUGGAAGAGCAAAGUCCCAUCGCCAAAAGUUUGAGCAAUUUGCUGAGGAAGCCUCCAAAGUCCAAACAGCCAGGUCCAAAAGUGAUGAAUUGGAUCUUGUGGGAAAGGCGUCCUCACACAAAGAAUAUUUUGAUGAAAAGGUCGUAGAGGCUGGCAUGAUCAAAACAUCAGAAAAGAAGUUGAGAGAUGAGGAGGAGGAAGCUAUUGCUGGUAGAGCUCGAUCGCACAAGAUGACUUUUGAAGAGAAGGCUGCUAAAGAUUUGGAAGUUCAAACUAGUGAUAAAUCAAGACUGCAAGAAAUACCUGAUAGAAGCACAAGGAAAAAAAGCAAGAAAGAGAAACAUGGAGAUGAACAUGAGAAGAAGAAGAAGAGGCGCAGAUCUUCAUCAAAGUCCAAAGAACACAAAGAAAAUGUGGCACAUGAAGAAGCAACUCCAGAAGACAAGAUUGAGAAUGUGUUUGAAGAAGAAAAAGCUCAAGAUGAAGAAGCAGAGGAGAGAGAAGGAGAGGCAAGGGAAGUCCUUGAGGAUGACAACAAUCAUAAAAUGAAUGGUGAGGAACAUGAAUCAGAUGAAGAGGAACAAAUAGAAGUAAAUGAGAUGAUUGAAAAUGAUUUUGGAGGUGAAAUUACAGUCGCAUCUUCAGAUGUGUAUGAGUCCAGUCCAGUUGAUCUCCAUGUUGAAGAAGACACCAAUGAUGGCAAGGAAGAUGAAGAACAUGAACCUAAACAGGUUGAAGAUGAGCCUAAACCAGCCGCAUCUGUUACUAUGCGUGAUGAUGGAGGUGUCCCAAUGGAUUAUCGUGCAAGGAGAGCUUUGAGAGAAAAGAAGAAAGCUAUGGAGGAAGGUGGGUGUACCAAGAGUUUCACGUGGUGCAUGUAUAUUUUAAGUUAUGAUUUGAGUUGCUGAUUUUUGUGGGAUGUGAAUGUAAGUUCAGGCAACUUUGUGAAUAUUUUUUGCUUGACUCUGUAAAUGAACAUUUUGGUAGAUGUAUGUUCAGGGCUAAUUGGUCAGGUUGCAUGAAGUGUGACCAAACCAGCCUCAUCCAGAAUUUGCUCUCUGUUCAUUGUAGGGUUGAAAAAAUUCUUAAUUUUUGUAUCGUAAAGCAGCUGAUUUAGCUAAUUCCAUUUGUUCAUGAUGAUUUGUUUACAAAUACAUGUGUUUAAUUUGAAAUAUCACAGGCAAGAAUUUGAAAAUCUAAAAUGUAGAUGGCCUGAACUUAGUUUUUAAUUCAUAUAUGAAUAACUUUUUCUUGUUACUUCACAUUAUUUUCCUUCCAGUACACCAAUGAAAACCCAGUAUUAUGGCGAGUGGACUGCUAUUUUUUUUUUUUUUUUUACCAUGGUUGUAUUUUUGGUAGCUCUCUAAAACAUUGUCAUCUUUUGUUUGUUGCUAGAAGCGAAAGGUAAGGAUUCACAAGAUGGCAAGGAAAAUGAAGUUGAGAAAAGUGAAGUUAAACCUGCAGAGGAAGAAAAAUCUAAAUCAGAAGAAGAUGGAAUGAAAGAUCUGGCUACAAGAAGGGCUGAGAGAAGAGAAAGAAGAAGGCAGAGUACACAUGGUACCUCUGAGGAUGAUGCAGAAGCUCCAUCAGAUGCCUCUUCUGCGAGGAGAACAUCUUUAGCAGCUAGAAGGGCUGAACGAAGAUUGAAAAGUGCUGGCAAGUCUGAGGAGACUGGUAAUGUUGAGAAAUCCACUAGUGUGGACAAAGUAGAAGAAGUGCAAUCUACAAUUGAAGAGAAAAGAGCAGCGCGAAGAGCAGCGACAAGGGCUGCUGAGAAGGCAACAGAAAAGAAAGAGGAAGCCAAACCUGAUAAGGAAGAAGAGAAGGAAGAUGCAUUGGCACGUAAGAGACAGGAGAGGAGAGAGAGAGCCGAGAGAAGGAGAAGCAGCAGUAAAAGUGAAGCAAUACCUGUUGAAGCCUUAACUAAGAGAGGAUCUACUUCAGAAGAAGACCAAACAAGUAAUACUUCUGAGCAGAAGUCAACAUACACAGCAUCUGUGAAAUCAAGAUUUGAGAAGAAAGGAGGUGAAGAACAAACUUUGAGUACAUCUCGAGUGAGAGAUUCAAAGCCUUCAGAGGCUAAAACCAAGACUGUGUCAGCACGGAAACAAUCAGGAGAUAAUCAGGUAAAUCAACAGGUACUAGUAUGAUCAAAAAAUAUUUUUUUCUUACUUGUGCAAUCAUUAUAUACUUAUAUCUAAGGUAGUUUUGGAUAGGUACAAUUUACAUGGAGUAUUUAACUUUGGCAUUUUUUGUAUUGUCAGUACAUGCAGUACAUGUGUGUUAAAUGAGGUCCAACUGUACUUCUGAACAAUGAUACUAUCACCUUAACAAAUCUGCAGCCAUCAGGGAGGGAAAAAUUUGUUCAAUAUUUUGCAAUUCAUUCCACAAGCUGUAAAUAAGCUAUAGAUGUGUAUGUACAUUUAGUAAUGCUUUAAGUUUUGCAUACCUAAAUAGAGAAAGUUUGGCUCAGUAGUGAAAUCUCAGUCUUACAGUACAUGUAUAUCUGACUUUUGCUUAGAUGUGGACCAAGUGUUCUUUUGAAUCAUGUCUUUGUUUGAAUAUUUGAAAAUCUGGUUCUCGCAGAGCUGUUGUUUCUUUCCCUUACUCUUUCUUCUUUUGUGAUGUUUUUCACUGGUAAUUCUGAUUGUACUCACUAUAGAAUGUGAUUGGCAGAAUGCACUUUGAAUUGAAGGGACCCGUUAUGCCCUGUACAUGUGCAUUCAGUGCCAAAAUUGGCCUGUUAAUUUAAGGCUGUUGUUAAGUUCUCUCCUUCUAGAUAAAAAUAAUAAAAACAGCCUAUAUGUGGAUUGUCUUGUGAGAACUUCUCAGAUAUUCUUUAAAGAUUUCUUUUUAAAUCUUUUAUGACUUUCUGCAUUUCAGGAAAAGAGAGCACAAAGAAAAGAGAAGAAUGAUGAGAUUGACAGUGUCAAAUUGAAAGCAAGUGUCCAGGGAGAGAAUAGUGGUUACAAGCCAAGAGGUGCAAGAGAAACUCUGAACAAGUUUGAGGGAAAGGAGAAUACCAAAGAUACAACUACUAAACCUGUUACUGUGAGUAAAACAACUUUUUAAAAAAACUUGUGAUUUUUUUUUUUUUUUCAGCAGUUACACACUCAAAUGAUAGGUGAUACAGUACCUGUUAACCUUGUACACCCUAACAUCAUUAUGCAUAUUCUCCACACUGUUCUCUAUACAUUUCCUAGGUUCUAACAGGGAGAAUUUGUGAAACCAUCAAAGAGCUUUAUUAGUUGCUGAUCAUUUCCUGUAUUCUCAUGACUUAAACCUUUUAUUCAGGGCUGAUAGUGUGAGGAGAAAUUAGAACCUUGUCACUCUCAGGGAUUAAAGGGUUAAAUUUGAAAUUUCUUUUUACUGUAACUUGUGAAAUAUAUGUACAGUCUACAUUUCAUAUAGCCAACUAUCAAGUUACAGACUUGUCACACUGAAACUUUUUUCAAAACAUAUUUCUUGAGUUGUAAUCUGUGAUUUACUGUUUGUUUCUGCUUAUUCUUAAUUAUCAUUGGCAUUCUACUCUUUCAAAUGAAAUUACUGGGUCAGGGGACGUUUUUCUUCUCAUGCCCUUGCUUGAGUGGACAUGUUCACCUUGCACCACUGUGCGUCUCCAAUGUGCAUUACAUGAAUGUUGUGUUGGUGUUAACAGUCGUAUUUAUAAACAUGCUUAUGUGUCAUGCUGGCUUAUGCUCAUAAUAGAACUACAAAAUUAAUUUGCUCAUGUGCUAACCUAUGAAUGUGUGAUCCAUUAAUGUGCUAAUGUCCUCAAGUAUGAGGUUAAUCAAGAUGGUUCCAAUAAUGAUUGUUUUGAGGUAAGUGAAUUAAAAGUGGUGUUCUUUUAAAACUUGCCUGCCAUUAAUGUACUGCUGUACUGCCCCGUUGCCACAACUUCAUGGAAUUUUGAAUACUUAGUCGUAUGCUAUGGUUUGAAAUUUAAAGUCAUCUAGUGGUCAUCAAAAAUUGCCAAAAUUUAUCGCUGACAACCACCUUGCAGAACAUGGUUGCCCACUGAUUAAAUAGUAGUUCCAGCUGCCAACCUCUCAAAGUUUUGAACAAUUUGAAAUGCCCCAAACUAUGGAAAAAAAUUCUGAACAAGAAUCUGUGCUGUUAUUUUCUUUUCAUUCAUAUUUACAGCAUGUGGUUGUUGUUUUCUUUUUUGCACUGAGAAGUAACACCAAAUCCAGUAAGAAUCUUUGAGUCUGCUCUGCUGCUGUAGCAUUUAUUAACUUCAGUUAACUGUGUUGUUAAAUUUAACCAGCUAAUCUUUAUCAAACUUUAAGCUUUUUAACCAACUAACAGCCAGUUAAUAUCCUAAAGGAAACUGUGAAUUUUGGGGAAUCUGAUGAUGAUAGUGAAAAGGUAGGGGUUUAGUUCAAGAGUUUGUAUCAUACAUUUAAUCUUGUUACUAUAAUGGUCAUAUUUGUAUUUUACACUGUAAAUAGGUUGAACCCAAGGGUAAAAUGUGAUAGUGUUGUCUGAUUGUCUGGCUGAGUGUAGUCCUGAGAAAGACUGUUGUCAGUAGUGGUGACUUGUUUAUAUCUUAUAUUACUUGUAGCUCGUUUGUCAGCAAAGGCUCUGUCAGAGCUAAUGGGUUAGUUUAUUUUUACAUAGAUAUGAAUUCUAACACUAGGUUCAGUUGAGUGCAUGUUAAAGUAAGGGGAUUUAAUGAUUCCUAAGAUUAAUCAUACAUGUAGAUCCCCUGUUUUUCAUAUAGUAUUGCUGUACAUGUACAUGUAUGUAGCAACCUCACGUUGGGUAUUUUAAGUUAGAUUUGAAGAUAAGGUAUUUACAAUUGUAGUUUUAUUAUACCCCAUUUGUUUCCAACAGAGGACUAAUCGCUUUGCACCACCUCAACAAGAGAAAUGUGAGACAUGCACGAAGACUGUUUAUCCAAUGGAGAGGCUUGCUGCUGACAACAAGGUGUUCCAUAAAACGUGCUUUAAAUGUGCUGAGUGCAAAUCAACAUUAAGGUUUGUCAACACUUGCAAUAAUUAUUAGUUGAUAUUUACUUUGGGAAUGUGCAUCAUGUGAGGUGAAGAUGCUAGGAAUUGAUGGUAUUAAAAACUAGAACUGAUCCUAAAGGGGGAAAUGUGUUGAAAUAGAAUCAAAUUCUCACAACCAAGAAUUUUCCAGAAGUACAGUAUAUGCAGGGUUUGUAAAGGCCAUGGAAAACCCGAAAAGUCCUGGAAAUCUGCUUAACAUAAGCAAGAAAGUUUUUCAGAAUUCAUGUUAUUUAAGAAGUAUAUGUUGACCUCAAGGAGAAUUGAUGGUGAAAUCUUGGAAAUGAAAGGGUUUAAGGUGAAAUUUGGAGUCCUGGAAAAAACAAUCCACCUCCUGGAAAAGUCCUUGAAAUUUCUUUUUGAAAAAGGGUACAAACCCUGUAUAUGGUUGUAUUCAUAAACCUUGUGUACAUGUAUGUAAAUGUGUCAUCAAUACCUCUGCAAUUUGCUUGGGAGGGGAGGGUCAGUAUAAUGUACAUUGUAGUCAGUAGCAACUCAGUGAAAUGUACUCAGUUAGUAGAACCCCAUAUUAAUGGUAGUAAAUGGGUACAAAUGCUUUCACACUGAGCACAGGAACCACAAGUACUGCAUACCAGCUCCAAGGCUUCACUCAAGGCUUCAGCUUUGGCUGCAAGUGAUAAUACAUAAUCUAAAAAUCUUUUACAUGUACAUGUAGGUCCACUGUAAGUUGUAGAACUAGUGGAUGGUCUCUAAACUUGUUUAAGUGCAGUUUUUGUGGUACUUUAAAUGCAUGUACCCAGUAAGUACUGACAUAAUGCAUGAGUGGGAUAAGUUGAUAUUCUGAAAAAUAAUCAGUAAGUAUAGGUAUAUUUAUUUUUCAUAAGAUGUUUUAAUUUAGUUUUUUUUUUUCUGCAUACAGUUUAGAUUUGGUUGACUACUAUAAUUACAUACAUAUAUGUAUGACUGUUAUUUACAAUGUUGAUUUACACUUACUCAUUGCAGUAUGUCACACUCUCAUCACAGCUUAUUUGUGUCAGUUGUGCAUGCAUUUGCACCUGUGUUUUUUAUUGACAUCUACAUAUAUUAUUAAACAUGCGACCAUUUGCAUCUCAGAAAGUAACUCACCCAAAAACUUAAGUAGUCUGUCGAUUUUAUCACCAAAAAAUAAUUUUGUGAGGCCUGCCAAGUGAUUUUGCAAUUGUAAUUCAUAUUUUUGUUCAUAAUUAAUUUAAAAGUCCAUCAGUAUACUGAACAGUUUAAAAGACAAUUUUUUUUGCUCUUUAGUUCCAAUUUAAUGGUAAUAAAUUCAAGUAAUUUAAAUACUUUUGAUGGUAAACUUUUCAGCUUCUGAAGAAAUGUUGAAGAGAUAUAUACAAACUAACUGAUAGAGUUAUAUACAAGAAUUCCCUAGUUAUUUUUAUUAGACAAAAUUGCUCCUAGCCAGAAUGAUAUGGUGGACGACGAUAAUUGAAUAUUAAGAAAUGAUAAAAUCAAAACAUCUUUACAAUGUAGGAUAAAAAUAAAAUUUAAUCAUGAAUCAAGGAAGUUGCUAUAAGAGAAAAAAUGCUAAAAUGGAAAGGACCUAUGUUAGAAUGUAAACAAAUUUUGUGUAACAUACGUUGCACAUAUACUUUAAGCUCGAAUAAGGUCGUUACAUCUAAAAUAAUUAAAUAGAACUUCGCUCUAAUAUAAGAUGUUAAUUUUGCAUUUAGUGGCAAGGGGACUAUUUGGAUUAAUGUAGCCAAGAAAAUUGCUAAGAUAAACUGAGUUUCGCGUAAAUAUAAAUCGAAAGUCAACUACAGCGUUCAUCCAAUUAAAUUAUCAACAUCACUGUGUCGUCCGUGUAUAUGCCUGAUGAGAAAUUCACAGUCCUGUCAUCUUCACAAGAUCUUCAUGAUCACAAAACACGCCAGAAAUUUUGUUUCUAGAAUAUCGUGUUACUUACUGAUACAUUUUUGUUUGGUAGAGUGGGAAAACCACCAAAAUCUGCCUGAAGGUGAGAAUAGAAUACAACAAGAAUUCCAACUGACUUACAAAUUACACCUGACUGCCUAAGUUUUUCUAAACCUCUUGACAGUUGGCUGUCAGUGUCACAUUUGAAUUGUCAUUUAUGUUAUACAUGGCAAGUUUCCCAAGUUUCUUACAGCCCAGUAAAUUUUCUAGCAGUUUGUUGUCUUUAAGAGUUUACAUUGGGUUAUAGGCUUCGUCUUGAGUUGUUAGUCCUAACUCCUUAGACUUAAGAAGAAUCAUUAUGUAAUGACAUUUAGGGAGGCAAAGUGGAUGAUAGUGAUAACAUUUGUGUAUGCUUGUACUUGAUGGUUAUUUUCCUCGUUUGUUUUGUUUCGUUUUUUUAUUUCAUUUGUUGUUUUGUUAUUGUUUUUGGUCUUAGUCUUGGUCUCGCUAUCGUUGGUUUUGUUUUCUUCUUUCCUUUCCCAUCUGAUGUACAGUUAUUCAACAUGAAAGAGUCUACCUUCUCUGUACAUCUGUGCAUUUUUUCAAAUUAGCCGACUGAUUAGCCCCCCCCCUCCCCCCGGGGGCAAAAACUCACUAGAGGAGGGGGACAUUAUUGCAGUGUUUUAUAUACAGUGAGGUAGUGGUUGAGAGAAUUAGAUACUAACUCUAGACAUUUUCCGAGUACAUCUGUUUGCUCUUUCGGUAAUGUUAGUGAAUUAAACGCUUUUGAUAUCAUUAUAAAAGGCCAGUGCAAUGUGCGGAAUUUUCACUGCAUGCGGCUUAACUAGGAAUUUUGAAAAAAAAUAACUUAUCUGGUUAGCAGCAGACAUAUGAAUAUCUAAAAACAUUUCAAGCAGCAAAAUCAAUCGGAAUGCACGGAAACAAACCGAAUAAGACCCUAGCCCUUCACUCCCUGAUCUAAUUAGUGAUUCUCUUUACUGUCAACCGUGCAGUUAUGAUGAUGUUAGUUUGGAGAAUUUGGUAUUGGAUCAACUAAUAAUCCUCUAAUUGUUUUUUUUUUAUAUUGUCAUCAUUUGUAUGCUUGAUAUCGUAUUGUAAGGAGAAAUUCUGCCUUCGUCACUCAUGAAGGGAAAGGUUCUGAAACACGUAAUCUGACAGAUCUUGACAUGACUCAAUAACUUCUAGGAAGAGAAUUGUAUUUUCUCUUUUGGCCCUUAAAUGUUUUUUUUAAAAUUGAUAAAGAUAAUAAUUUGUUGCCCCAUCGAGAUAAAACCCUUCAGGGUGCGAGCCUUUCUUUCCUAAUUACCUCUAUGCUAAAUGUUAAUCACCUCUACGAGUUUUAGGGUUAACGCGCUAAGAUACAUGUAUUUUAUGGUGGAACUGUUGGUUACAAUACCAUCUUGAACAGUUGAAGAAUUCGUAAUGAUGAGGCGGUGCCGUUGUACUUCUGUGAUAUCCAUGCCAACUUCAUUGUAGCCGAAUUGACUCUUUUUCUGUCACUUUUUUCUUCUUGUAGACUUGGAAACUAUGCUGCCCUACAAGGGAAACUUUAUUGUAAACCGCACUUCAAACAGCUGUUCAAAACCAAGGGGAACUAUGAUGAAGGAUUUGGCCGUGAACAGCACAAAACACAAUGGACCAAGGGUAGAUGAAACAUGUAAUGAGCAGCAAAGGAAAAACCCAAUUGCAUUCUAGAUUUCAUUACUGGUCAUUCGCUUAAGAAAUAUUAAUGUAGACUAAUAGCAAGCAAUUUAGGUCACUUUAAAAAUCUUCAACUGUAGUUUCCUCUUUUGUCUCUUGCUUCCAAGAGGCAGUAAUGAAACGCUGUCAGGAGGGAGCUAUGUCAGCAACCAAUCUUCCACCCCUUUCAUUAAAAGAGAAUCGAAAUUAUUCUUAAUGAGGAAUUCGGCGAUGGAGGAUGUACAGUUGAAGUAUUUUUAUGAUUGUUUGAAUAGUAAACAGGAGAUUUUUGAAAUAGUUUUGAUAAUUUCACAGUAAAAUUAAUAUCGUUGGAUAAUUUAAACAGUUUUCAGGGGCUGACAUAACAAUGACAGUGUGAGAUCACUCGGAUAGCUUGAAUUAUAAUUCACUGUAAUAUGUGAAUUUUAUGUUAAAUAAUGGAAGCUACAAGCUUUUAUGAAUUUUGCUAUGAAGAGUACAAAGAAUGAAAAGUGCGUGACAUUUGUGCUUUGCAUUUAGAGUAUCGGGUUUAAUAUCUUUUGGUGAAAAUCAAAUCACUUUGUACUGUAAAUAUUUUUGGAAAGAAAAUUUAGCGUGGAGUUGAUUACAGCAUAAUGUGCACUUGCACAUUGACUGGCCACAGUUGUUUCGUAAAUUUUGUUCGACCUUAAGUACUUGUAGCGGGUGGUAUAGCACAUAAAGAGGUAUUUCAUUAAUCAUUUGAUUAUUAAUUUCAGUCAAGUUCAAGAAAAUACUGGCUAACUUUUUUCAGGGAGUAAGUAUUUGUGAUCAGUGUUGCGUGACCCUAGCUACAGAAAAACAUUGUUUGCGUCACGCAAGAUCGAUUAGUUUUCACCUGAAGUACACUCGUUGUGUUAGUCCCACAGAGGUUUGGUGAGUGCAUCAUUGGCCAGGUCAUGACAAAUUCGGUUCUCCUCAGCAUGUCUAAAAUAGUUUAUUUUGAUCAGCAAUAAAUUGGAAAUGAUUUUUAGGAAUAAUUAAAUCCUUGAUCUGCGUCUUUUCUGGCGUGAUUAUGUUGAAUGGUGGUAAUUUUUCAUAAUUGUCGAUGGGGUGCCCACCUGUUUGGGUAUCUCUAGCUUUGGUGCGACUGAUCUCCCUAAAUUGCCCUGAAAACUCGCUCUCCUCUAUUUUCGGAAAUUUAGUCGAAGAGCGCAGGAAACAGACGUACAUGUUCAAGCCGAAAGAGUUCAUGUUAUUAACCCUUUACACCCUAACAUCAGUAUGCAUAUUCCCCACACUGUUCUUUAUACAUUUCCCUAUAGUGCCGACAAGGAGAAUUUGUUCGUCAAUCAAAAGGUUUCUUCCCUUGUGAUCAUUUCCUUUAUUCUCACGACUUUAAUGUGUGAUUCAGGAGUGAUAUUGUAGGGAGAAAUUAGAUGCUGGUCACUUUGAGGGUUUAAAGGGUUAACCUCCGCUUGGGGCUUUGUUGUGAAGAUGAGGGAAACGACCGCACUUCUGGUGUUUUGUGUUGUUGAGCUUGAAGAGUGCCCAUAGUGCUGGGCGUCAAAAUCAGCAACAUGGAGAUUCCAGCCUGUUAGUGUAUCUCUGAAACUGGCAUGUAUGCUUUGAAGAUGAAGCGAGCGCAGAAAGCUAAACUAUUUUCUACAUUCACGACAGUUCUUUGAUGGUUUCGUGGUAUGAUUGCUUACGUUCGAAGACCACAAUCUUGACAAAACAAGUAAGUUUCAAGCGUUGACUUCGUUUUUAAACGAGUUGCUUGGUUAGCCGGGAUGCGAAUGUGUCCAAGAACGAGAAAACUUCCAGAACCUUCCCCCGCUCGUCCUUUGUCGUGCCACAUUUCAUGGUUAAGUACCUAGAACACGUCAAAAGAAUCACCUUGCUUCCCACGGCAGUCGUCCACUGAGAUGUGAGAAGAAAUGUGUGACAACAAGGAAACUACUGUUUUCUGAACAAAACAAUACCCUCUAUGCUUUUGCUAGUGAAGAACGUACUCAGAUCCGUCGAAGGUCGCAUUAGACUUAUCUUCUGCUCUAAAGAGCAUCUUAUUUCUCCUUACAGUGUCACCACCAAUUGUUAAGGAAAGUCUUUUUACCACUAUAGAGGAUGUAUGUAGAACAGUAUAGUGCAUAUGUAGACUGAUGAAAGAGGAAAAAGGUUUGACGGAGUUAAAUAAGGCCACAGUUUAAGACAAUCGGUGGAC